AUGACUGUAUUCCGACGCAAUAUUCCGGCUCCGUCACAAAUGGGUCCGGUCCUGGGAAGAAGCUCAUAUAUUGACGAUAUCGCGCAUGGGGCAUCGACCUGGGACCAACUAUGUGUGGACCUGGACGCGUUGUUAUAUAGACUACGAUACUGGAAAAUCUCUGUGAGCUUACCGAAAAGUGGAUUCGGAAAGUUGACCAUCCCAUUCCUUUCUCAUGAAGUGAGUGCGGACGGAAUCAGAGCCUUGCCGAAGAUUGCCAAAAGCAUAGAGGACUUACCUUUCCCGUCGACAUACAAGGGGGUGCAGUCUUUCUUAGGAAGUCUGAAUUAUUACAACAAGUUUAUUGAAGACUUACCAGUAGUCGCCGCUGUGCUCUAUGAACUAGACGAAGAACGUGUACGUGCUGGAGGGAAUAUGGAAGCCGCAAAGGAGUCUUUCGAGAUACUGAAACGUAAGAUCGUGUCAACCCCGCUGCUGGCAGAACCAAACCUUUCGUGA